AUGGCGACCCCGCAGCACCACGGCGACCAGUACGGGCGGCUGUUCCUAGAGGAGACGGGAUGGUACAACGAGAUGCUCCUGAGCGUGGUCCUUCCGGGCGACCGGUGGCGCGUGCUGCCGCACCUGGUGCAGUCGUGGCUGCGCAACUGCAUCGGCGUCUACCUCAUGUAUUUCAUCAUCGGCUUCCUAUGGUGCUUCGUCAUCUACCACUGGAAGCAGCACGAUUACGUCCCCAAAGAUUCUAUCCCUACGGUGGAAGCUGUGAAGAAGCAAAUACUUGUGGCAUCAGUGUCCAUGCCUUUCUACACUGUUCUUCCAACUAUAUAUGAGUACAUGAUUGAGAGUGGAUGGACACAAUGUUUCUUUCAUAUCAGCGAUGUUGGAUGGCCAAUGUAUCUUGUCUAUCUGGCUUUAUAUCUCAUCUUUCUGGAGUGCGGAAUGUACUGGGUGCACAGGGAGUUGCAUCACAUAAAGCCACUAUACAAGCACCUCCAUGCAGUCCACCACCUUUACAACAAGGAGAAUACCCUAUCUCCAUUUGCGGGACUAGCAUCCCAUCCGGUGGAUGGGAUUUUACUAGCCAUGCCGCAUGUGGUUGCUCCCUUCCUUUUCCCAACGCACUUCAGGACUAACGUUGCCCUCUUGUUCAUGGAGGCUAUGUGGACAGCUAAUAUCCAUGAUUGCAUUCAUGGCAAGGUUUGGCCGGUGAUGGGUGCUGGUUAUCAUACUAUUCACCAUACCACUUACCGGCACAAUUAUGGCCACUACACUAUCUGGAUGGACUCACUGUUUGGCACACUUCAAAAGCCAGAAGAUAUCUUCAAGGAGGAUUGAGUUGUUCAA